AUGAGCUCUUUUGAAGGACCGAAUCGCGAAUCAAUUCAAGACAUGAGGCAAGACAAAAGAGGACCCACGCCAGUGGACCGCCUAGCUCGGAACCGCAAGGCAGUCGAAGAAAGAGAUCGAGUGGUUUCUUGCCACGAAGGAGAUCACCUAGUGCACAAUCCACGCCCCAGGAACAAGGGGGACCGUCCAAUGAUGAAGAGAGAUCAGAACAAAGUAAACCUCCCAGUGAGGGACAAGGCCCCCAGGAACCAGGGAAACCUCCCAGUGAGGAGCAAGGUCCAGAGGGAACAGGGCGACCGUCAGGUGAGGAACCACAACGCGGCCGACGCAAGUUAUUACCUGGCGUCAUGCGACGAAAGAGAUCAACCAGCGCACAGCCUACACCGCAGGAACAAGUUGGACCGUCUAGUGAGGGACAAGGUCCCCAGGAACCAGGGAAACCUCCCAGUGAGGAGCAAGGUCCAGAGGGAACAGGGCAACCGUCAGGUGAGGAACCACAACGCGGCCGACGCAAGCUGUUACCUGGCGUCAUGCGACGAAAGAGAUCAACCAGCGCACAGCCUACACCACAGGAACAAGUUGGACCGUCUAGUGAAGGACAAGGACCCCAGGAACCAGGGAAACCUCCCAGUGAGGAGCAAGGUCCAGAUGGAACAGGGCAACCGUCAGGUGAGGAGCAACAACGCGGCCGACGCAAGCUGUUACCUGGCGUCAUGCGACGAAAGAGAUCAACCAGCGCACAGCCUACACCGCAGGAACAAGUUGGACCGUCCAGUGAGGGACAAGGACCCCAGGAACCAGGGAAACCUCCCAGUGAGGAGCAAGGUCCAGAGGGAACAGGGCAACCGUCAGGUGAGGAGCAACAACGCGGCCGACGCAAGUUAUUACCUGGCGUCAUGCGACGAAAGAGAUCAACCAGCGCACAGCCUACACCGCAGGAACAAGUUGGACCGUCUAGUGAGGGACAAGGUCCCCAGGAACCAGGGAAACCUCCCAGUGAGGAGCAAGGACCAGAGGGAUCAGGGCAACCAGGCGAGGAACAAAAACAUGGGAGACGAAAACUGUUAUCUGGCUUCGUGCCACGGAAGAGAUCAUCCAGUAAACGGCAAACAUCGCAACCACAAGAGAAACCGUCUGACGAUGAAGAAAGAGCCGUGGAGCCAGGGAGACCUCCCAGUGAGGAACAAGGACCUCAAGAACCAGGAAAACAACCCAGUGAGGAGCAAGGACCAGAGGGAUCAGGGCAACCAUCAGGUGAGGAGCAACAACGCGGCCGACGAAAGCUGUUACCUGGCUUCAUGCCUCGUAGGAAAUCAUCCAGUAAACGGCAAGCAGGGAGAUCAACUAGCGGAGAGCCAACACCCAUGGAACCAGAGAGACAUUCUGCUGAGAAAGAAGGACCGCAGGAAGCAAGAAAGCCAACUAGCACCGAGCAAACACCAGAAAGGCAACAGAAGAGAGGUUCACGUCGAAGGAGAUCGUCUGGAUUUUUGCCGAAACCACUGCGGAGAAGGUCAUCAAGCGCACAACGCCCACCAAGCACAGAUCGUUCCGGAUCCACUGCUACCCGCGCAUCGACGUCAAGAAUCAUGCGGAAAUGCCAGUGUCCAUUCCAUCAUGAUAUGGACCUGCAAGGAACCUCACCACACGCUGCUAUCGGUACGUUUAUGGGUUUAUUGUAACUGGUCCAGUAAAGCAGCUGCUGUAAAUUCCUGGAGCUCAGAUAAAGAAAUUCAGUUCUAUUUCAUGCACCCUUUUUUGUUACGGAGGGGGGGGGGGACGGAAUUUACAUGCGUCCGAGGAUACGCGCGGCACACUACGCGGUGA